AUGAUUCUGCCUCCUGCGCGCCCUAAUCAGAGUUAUGUUUCUGUCUCUGCGAUUCCCGCAGGCCUGAUCACGGCCCCAAAAUGGGCCUUCGUCGAGGGGGUCACCAACCGAGAGGAGACAAUGCCCUUGCCGUGCAUGGCAUUUCUCAUCACUCGUCAACCAACCUCUGACACGGACCGGGUCCAGAGGGCGUCCCACAUUCUGUUUGAUCUUGGUCUUCGAGAGACGCCGGAGAACUACACGCCGGCCCAGCAGUCCCACCUUCAGCAUCGGCAGCCGGUCACAUUUGGUCCCAGCGUGAGGAGAUCGUUGUCCGCUGCUGGAAUUCCGAAUACGAGGGUCGAUCUGGUGAUAUACAGUCAUGUCCACUGGGACCACACCGGGGAACCGUCUGAAUUCCCGCACGCCAGCUUCGUGGUGGGUCACGGCUCGCUGGAUCUUCUCAGCCAAGGAGAACUCCUGGGAGCAGGAUCCCACGCCUGCUUCGAUCGGGUCCUCCUGCAGGAUCGCCAUGUCGUCGAACUGCCCCCGUCGGAUGACAGCGUGAGAGCUGACAUAACGGACUCCAGACUCACCUGGGGACCGCUCACUCCGUUCCCCGCAGCCAUGGACAUCUUCCAGGAUGGGUCCGUCUACGUGAUUCCGUCUCCGGGGCAUUUACAGGGCCAUGUGAAUCUGUUAUGUCGUACGGGUCCCCGCCGGUGGGUGUAUCUAGGCGGAGACACGUAUCAUCAUGUUGGACUCUUGACCGGGGAAGAGCGGAUUGCAACGUGGACCGAUGAUCAGGGGCGAACAUUGUGUGUCCAUACAGACCAGAAAGCUGCAGAGGAGAUGUUCGCCCUUCUGAGGAAUCUACAACUCGCAGCCGAGGAAGACGGUGUCGAACUGGAAUUGAUUACUUCCCACGAUGCCAAAUGGUUCUCCGAUAAUCAGCAUCGCCUCUUCCCUAAGACUCUGGAGCGCUCCGACAAGUUGUAA